AUGAGAACGAUGCGCAGCUUUGCGAUUGUCGCCGCGUCAGCUGGCAUGCUCGUGCCCACGGUGUCCGCCAGUGAUUUCGGCGGAGACCAGAACAUAGUGCUCUAUUGGGGGCAGAACUCGUACGGCAAUGCCACUGGCGACUAUGCACAACAACCUCUCGUUACAUACUGUGCGAACGCAGACGUCGAUAUCAUCCCAAUGGCCUUCAUCACGGCAAUUACAAGCGGCGAAGGUGGCCAGCCCGUGAUUAACUUCGCGAAUUCUGGCUACAACUGUGCCAUCUUCCCUGGCACGCAGCUCUGGAACUGUGCAUCAUACACCCAAGAGAUCAAAACAUGUCAGCAGGAAUAUGGCAAGAAGAUUCUCAUCUCUAUUGGUGGUCACGGUUAUAGCGAGGGAGGAUUCGAGAAUGCGCAAAGCGCGGAGAACGCGGCCCACCUUCUGUGGAACAUGUUUGGACCCGUCAACAGCUCUAGCCGUACUCUUCGACCAUUCGGUGACGCCGUCCUCGAUGGUUUCGACAUUGACAUCGAAGAGAAGAGCACCAACCUCCGGCCUUUCGCCUUCGAGUUGAAGGCUCUCAUGGAUGCCGAUCAAUCGAAGUCGUACUAUCUUACCGCCGCGCCUCAAUGUCCUUACCCAGACGCAAACCUCAGCCCCUUGCUCAACGACCCCCAGGGCAGCGUUCCAUUCGAUGCGCUCUUUGUUCAAUUUUACAACAACCCCGCUUGCGAGGUCGACACUUUCACCCCAGGCACUUCAAUACAGAGUGGUUUCAACUUCGACACCUGGAACAAUUGGGCCGUGACGCAGUCGUCCAAUCCGAACGUCAAAAUCUUUUUGGGGGUUCCUGCUGGACCGACUGGCGGCCAAGGAUACGAGAGUGGCGUGGCGCUGAAGCCUGUUAUCGACUAUUGCAAGAAGUUCUCCAACUUCGGUGGUGUUUCGGCGUGGGAUGCCUCGCAGGCGUACUCCAACCCACCUUGGUUGAGUGAAGUGAGGGCGGAUUUGGCAUCGUCCAAGCCGACUACUACCUCCCAUUCGACCACAGCCUCGUCGACCACCUCUGCUUCGUCGACUGAUACGGUCUCAACUGGCAGCGCGGUCUCAACUAGCAACACAGUCUCGACAACUGUUUCGAGUAGUACAGUCUCGAUAUCCAGCAUAUCUUCGGUCUCAAGCAAAUCUUCGACCUCAGGCACUAUUUCGCUGAGUUCUGCAUCCAGCGCCCCUUCACCAUCAAGCACUACGUCGACGAAGGGCAGUUUCACGCCCAGCGCCCUUUCAAGUUCCUCCACGUCGUCUAGCAACGAUUCGUUCAGCAGCACUUCGUCCAGCGCCGUUUCGUCCAGCGUCGCUUCGUCUAGCACGGGGUCGACGUCUGGCACUGCUUUGAAGUCUAGCACUGCUUUGACCAAUUCUUCGUCGUCGAUCGCAACGCAGACCAGUACUUCACAUACCAGCAGUUCCCAAGAACAGACCCGGACGUCGCUGCCAGAACACUCUAGCAUUACGUCGUCGAAAGGACCAAGCUCCACGGGCACGACCUUGCCAACCAAUGCAUCAUCGUGGACUUUUUCUGUCCGAUCAUCGAGCGCAUCAUCCAACGCUACAAUCACCGCGCCAACGUCGAGCUCUUACGGACGAGGGCCAACAGCGUCUAAAGGAAGUUCCAGCAUUUCCUCGUACCAGACCGGCUCGUCUCCUAAGCCAACAAGCACCGGAUCUUCAAGCGCUGCAAGACAGACUUGGAGCUCAAGCGGAGAGAAAUCAACAACGUGCACAGAAUCUCGAAGCAAGUUCACGCACGACAAUAGUGCCAUCUCAGCGCCAACCGCCACUCGUUUUACCCGUACAUCUCUCAAUACUACGACUGCAAUGCACACGCCUACCUCCUAUGUACUGGGGCAGAUAUCGUUGACGAUGUGUACCAGCGAGUUCUCAUCUCAAGUACCUGUCGAGAGCUCGUCACGUUUGACUUCCUGGAGUGCGAUGACGAUUGUGACGACUGCCCCGAGCAGCCUUCCGCCUUACAGCACUCCUCAGGGACCGACCAGCCAGUUGACCCCUACGCCUGCUCCAUACUCUAGUAUUUCUACUUCGACCCUUUCCGGAAGCCCAAAGAGUGGGCUCGGUCCAAAGUCUUCGAGCUGGACCAGCCAGUCUACCCCGGCAUACUCUGGCGCCCCAGCCUACAACGGCCAGAACACCGGCAGCAAGUCAUCCCCGAUGCCUCUCUCCUAUUCUAAUGCCUCGCUUUACAGCAAUGCGCGACAGAGCACAGGCACUGAAUCUGGACCAACGCCUUCUGGAUUCCCAGUUGAAGUUGUAUUCGUCGGGUGUUCAUGUCAGCCAGCCACAGUGUACCUGUAG